AUGGCCUUGCCCUUGCCUUUCCUGCUGGCCCUGGUGGUGCUCAGCUGCAAGAACACCUGCUCUCUGGGCUGUGACCUGCCUCAGAUACACAACCAGGGUCUUGAAACUCCUGAGAAAAAUGAGGGAGGGUCCCUGACACUCCUGAAAAAUAUGAGGAGAAUUCCCAUUUUCUCCUGCCUGAACUACAGAAAGGACUUUGCCUUCCCCCAGGAGCAGUUGGAGGGUGAGCAGGUGCAGAAGGCUCAAGCUGUUGCUGUCCUCCAUGAGAUGACCCAGCAGAUCUUCAACCUCUUCAGCACCCAGAAGGCCUUUGCUGUUUGGGACAAGACCCUUCUGGACACCUUCCUCAGUGGCCUCUAUCAGCUGCUGGAUGACCUGAAAGCCUGUGGGUCCAAGCAGGUGGGGGUGGAAGAGGCUGUGAGGAAAUACUUCCACAGGAUCACUGUCUACCUGAAGGAGAAGAAAUACCUGCCUUGUGCCUGGGAGGUGGUCAGAGCAGAAAUCAUGAAAUCCUUCUCUUCAUCAGCCAACUUGUAUGGAAGACUAAGGAGCAUGGAAUGA